AUGUCUUCUUCUCUUGAGCAGCUCAAGGCCACCGGCACCGUCGUGGUCUGCGACUCUGGUGACUUUGCCACCAUCGGCAAGUACAAGCCCCAGGAUGCCACCACCAACCCCUCCUUGAUCCUGGCUGCCUCCAAGAAGCCUGAGUAUGCUGCCCUCAUCGACGCUGCCGUCGCCCACGGAAAGCAAAAGGGCAAGACCGUUGACGAGCAGGUCGAGGCCACCCUGGACCGCCUGUUGGUUGAGUUCGGCAAGGAGAUUCUGAAGAUCAUUCCCGGCAAGGUCUCUACUGAGGUUGAUGCCAAGCUCUCCUUCGACACCCAGGGUUCCGUCGACAAGGCCCUUGAGAUUAUUAAGCUGUACGAGGAGAACGGUAUCUCCAAGGACCGUGUCCUGAUCAAGAUCGCCUCUACCUACGAGGGUAUCAAGGCCGCCCACAUCCUGCAGUCCAAGUACCAGAUCAACUGCAACCUUACCCUGAUGUUCUCCCUCGUCCAGGCCAUCGCCGCCGCUGAGGCCGGUGCCUUCCUCAUCUCUCCCUUCGUCGGCCGUAUCCUGGAUUGGUUCAAGGCCGCUCACAAGCGCGACUUCACCCCCCAGGAGGACCCCGGUGUCAAGUCCGUCGAGGCCAUCUUCAACUACUACAAGAAGCACGGAUACAAGACCAUUGUCAUGGGUGCCUCGUUCCGCAACGUUGGUGAGAUCACCGAGCUUGCUGGCUGCGACUACCUGACCAUCUCCCCCAACCUCCUUGAGGACCUGUACAACUCCACCGAGGCCGUGCCCAAGAAGCUCGACUCCGCCAACGCUGCCAACCUUGACAUCCCCAAGCGCGAGUACCUCAACAACGAGGCCUCUUUCCGCUUCGACUUCAACGAGGAGGCCAUGGGUGUUGAGAAGCUCCGUGAGGGUAUCUCCAAGUUCGCCGCCGAUGCCGUUACUCUCAAGGACCUCCUCAAGGCCAAGAUCCAGGCUUAG